AGACUGCAAUCACCGCACCGUGGCGCUCGGGAGCGGAUUACACUCCGUUUGUUUUCCGCGUGGAAGAAGAAGCUCUAGUCGCUGCUGGCUCGGCGCGGUUCGGAGAAAUUUGUGGCGUGCUCUGUGCUUUUGGCGGCAGUAAACUGAGCCAGAUCCGCGAGAUUCUGCUUAAAUCGCUCCGUUCUGUCUCUGCGUAGCGUUUUGAGCCGCGCAGGCGCAAUCUGUGUUACUUUCCGGACUGUUCUAGGAGCUUCCCGGGCCUCUCGCGCCAGGCAGCAUGAGUUACGGCAGGCCUCCGCCGGACGUCGACGGCAUGACUUCCCUCAAAGUGGACAAUCUAACGUACCGGACCUCUCCCGAAGCCCUCCGCCGGGUGUUUGAGAAGUACGGCCGGGUAGGGGACGUCUACAUCCCGCGAGACCGCUACACCAAGGAAAGCCGGGGCUUCGCGUUUGUUCGGUUCCACGACAAACGGGACGCCGAAGACGCGAUGGACGCCAUGGACGGCGCGCUGCUGGACGGGCGGGAGCUGCGGGUCCAGAUGGCCCGGUACGGCAGACCCCCCGACUCCCAUUACGGCGGAGGACGGCGAGGAGGAGGACCGAGCCGGAGGUACAGCGGACGGCGGAGCAGAAGCUGUUCCCCCAGCCCGAGACGCAGGAGACGGAGCAGAUCCCGCAGCAGGAGCCGCACGCCUUCUCGAAGCCGAUCCCGCUACAGUAGAUCCAGGUCCCGGUCCUACUCCAGGUCCAAGUCCCGCUCCCCCAGGACCAAGAAGACCAAGGCGCGCUCUCCUUCCAGGUCUAGGUCCCGGUCCAGGUCCAGGUCCAGGUCCAGAAGCCGCACCCCUUCCUCCAAGAGAGGGUCCAGGUCGAGAUCUAAAAGCCAGCCAAAGUCAGCAGCAGAAAAUGGAAAUGAAACCUCGUAGAGUUUCGGUUAAAGACGUGUGACCUCCCGGACCGGCUCCCACGCAAGCACCAGAGUCCAGCUGUGAAAGGUUAUUUUGUCUUCCGUGCUUUGGUUCAUUUCCUUUUUUUCGCUGAUUUAUUGUGAUUUUGUUUCCUUUUCAUGUCCCGAUUACGGUUUAAAUGGUGUGUUCAGACCUGGAUUUAAAAAUGAAAGCUCAUAAGAUAGAAUGUUCCACUCCUCUCAUAUUAUCAUCUCCUCUCUGGCCUGUAUCACAAAGGUGUCAUAACUGCAACACAGUCACAUGUGUGAACUGAUGAAUUGUGUACUAUUAUUGCUGACAAAACUCAGGCCUGAUGGGUGAAUCGCCUCAGUUUCUAAUAUUAAUAAACCUUCUAUAAUAAUACAUCUGAUGUUUUUAGUUGAGUUUGGACACAAAGGUCUGUCCUUUGUGUCCAAACUGUCCUUUAUGAUAACAGAAAACCUAAUUUAAGCUUGAAAUUAGCUGUAAUCUCCCUUUGUGAUACAGGCCCACAAAAUAAUGCUUAAAGGAUAAUUUAUGUGUAGAUCUUCUUGGGGGUGGGGCUACGGGAAAGCGUUUAUACCUGAGCAAACACUGCAGGUCCAGAUUGAAACCCAGAGCUGCAGUCAGAGCCACCACAGUCCAGUGAUCGCUCUUUAAAUCAGCAUCUGAAUUCACUGUUAAAACACCAAAGACUCACAAAGCAGGUUAAAGUGUCUGUGAGUUAAAAUUCCAGUUUUUGUGAACGGAGCCUGGUGUAGUGUGGAAAGACGGCGUCCAUUUCCACGACCAGCGCAGCGUGUUUGGUUCGGCAGUUUCACUUCCUGAUGCAAUUCCAGAGAUGGCUGUGUUCACAGCUGUAUGUGGACUUAGUCUGCGUGGGGGUGUGGCCUGCUGUUACACGCAGCAGGUGACACCUCAGAUGAGCUCACCUUAAAGAAAUACAGUGAUUUAAAUCAGCAGAAGGAAAACGGUGAAGUCCUUUACUGCGUUUCCUGGAAGCUGCAGCAGCUCCUGAGUGACACACAAACUACUUUUUUUUAAAUUACUU